AAACAACUCCCCAACACUUUCCCCCGCCCCAACACGGAUGGCAGUUGGACGCACAUGCUCGAUCUCUCUCAUUUAACUUCGUGCAUUUACGCUCCGGCUGUGAUGAAACGCCUUUUGGCGAAAACUAUGGCAGAACUCGUAGAUAUACGGCAUCCAACUCGCAGGCAUCGACAAGACCGACAAGAAUUCUGCCUCGCAGUUACUGAUUUUAGUUGGAAGGUGAGGUUUUAAUUUUUUAAGCGAAAACCGAGAAAGACAAAAGUGCAAAAAGUAUUUUUUAUUAAAUACAAACUACUGUAAAUCAAAUUCAAGAAAAUUAAGCCCUAAACAAUAAAUCUAGAAGUAAUACAAACAAACAAAUAACAAAAACAAGACGAGUUUUUUAAAUGAAUUAUUAUUUAUUUUUUGGUUUUAAGAAACCGAAUAGUGUGAAAGUGUCAGCAAAGUGUUGUUGAUUGAUUGCUACUUGCCUUGAGUGUUUCACAACUAUGCAAUCACAGUUGGAAUAAGAAAUAUUAGAAAAAAAUAAGAAAUUUGCAAAAGAAAAAAAAUCGAAGUAAGCACUGCGACUAGAGAGACAGGCGUAAGUGGUGCGAAAGGUGUAAAUAAAAGUAACGGUGCUGCGUACGUUUCCGUUUUAGCGAUUUGCCUAUUUCACGCCAUUGAAUACGGAAAACGUGCUUCCAACCAACAGUAGCAGAAGCAGCAGCAGCAGCAGGAGCUGGAGCAGGAACACCAGAGGCAGCAUCUCUAAGCAGUCAGCCGACAGGCCUCUAGAGCAGUUCUCCGCACGGCAAUACAUACCAAUCGCAGCUGUGCGAAGUUAGUUGUGCCGGUCAAGGCGUGCAGUGCUCAACCUUCCUUAUCACUACUACCAUACAUACGCGUGUUUCCUGUGUCUUACUGCUGGUGCUCUUCUUCUUCUACAUAGUAUUUCACCCGGUGUUGGUGGAGACGUGUGCGGAGACAGUAAACGCCUAAAAUACAUAUAUUAAUUACGGUUUUGUUGCGCAUGAAUCAAGAGCUGCCAAUAUGAGGUCUUUAUCAAGUUCUGGCGCUGAUAUUCUUACAAAACACUCAAUCAAUUCCUUGCUGGAGCAACGUCAAGAUUUUUUGAGCAGGCGAAAUGAUACCACUGAUGAGUUAAUAUCACCUUUGAAUGAUCCGCCUAUUGCCAUUAACGAUUUUCUCGGCUUUGGCAAAUCGACCACAAACCCUUUGCUGCUGGGUACUAAUGGGGACACUCUGUCUACUUCGAUGGCAGCCUACACACCAUUGACACCGAGUUCGUCGCAGUCCUCCGCCUCGCCCGGCACCCUGUCAGCUAAUUCUUUUGAUAUCUUUCAGUUUGAAAAUGUUGCACAAAAUAACACACCACUUAAGGUAUUUCAAAGAAACAUCAGCUUCGAUUGUUCUGCACCUUUAUCGGCAAGUUCGCCCACCUCUAUUUACAAUCGCUCUUUUCUCAAUUCACCUCUAGUCAGUGAUGGCAGCAAUGCAUCGAGUGCCAAUGGCUUAUCGGUUGAUUCGAUACCGUUAAUGUAUCAAAAUAGCUUCGUCGGUGGCGGCGGUGGUGGCAUUGGCGGUUGCCUCUCGAACAGUCGCUCGAAUUCGCCGGAAAGUCAGAAUAGCAAUCAAUCGAAUGUUGAGCAUAAUCUGAUCGAUAUGAUUAACUUGCUCUCGGUAGCCGAAAAUGAGUCGCAAAUGGCGCUGAACCAACAACAGCAGCCACAUCAGCAAAUCUCUUCACCGUUACGUUUCGACCAACAAUUGUCACUCGGCCAGCAACAGCAGAAUACAUCCACCACUACCUCGCUCAGCGGUCUCGGCAAUGCCAAUAAUGUGUCUAGUUUUACCACAAAUCUCUUCGACGAGCAGCAGCUGCAGAACUUUGACGCUCUCACCGCAGUCGAUUUGGAAUUAUCGAAAUUGCAAAAUAUGCAAGCUUUCAAUACGCUCAAAUUGUUGCAAGCUCAAUCGCAACAAGUGCCACUGCUUAAUCAUUUGCUGAACGGCUAUAGCAAUGGCAUCAAUCAGUUCAAGAGCCUGCCGCAGCCCCAGGCACAACCGCAAUCGGCGGCCGCCGCUGCAACAGAUGCGCAUUUGGAUCGUGUAGCGAAAUUUUAUCGCAGCUCGGCUGCUCUCUACGACGCCACCUGCACAUGGAGCGGGCAGUUGCCACCACGUUCACAUCGUAUGCUAAACUAUUCGCCGAAAGUGUUUCUCGGCGGCAUACCAUGGGACAUAAGCGAACAGUCGCUCAUACAAAUAUUCAAGCCAUUCGGACAAAUUAGAGUUGAAUGGCCGGGCAAGGAACAGCAGGCGGCACAGCCCAAGGGUUAUGUCUAUAUUAUUUUCGAGUCUGAUAAGCAAGUAAAGGCUUUGUUGUCCGCUUGCGUGCUGCAAGUCGACGACUCACAUAGUGGCGGCAUUUAUUAUUUCAAGAUUUCGUCGAGACGCAUAAAAGCGAAGGAUGUUGAGGUUAUUCCUUGGAUAAUAGCUGAUUCGAAUUUUGUCAAGUCCACUUCACAGAAAUUAGAUCCAACCAAGACGGUAUUUGUUGGCGCAUUACAUGGCAAGCUCACCGCAGAAGGUUUGGCGAAAAUAAUGGACGAUCUCUUCGACGGUGUUCUUUAUGCAGGUAUCGACACCGACAAAUACAAAUAUCCCAUUGGCUCUGGGCGAGUUACGUUCAACAAUAAUCGAUCAUAUAUGAAAGCGGUUUCAGCGGCGUAUAUCGAAAUACGUACUACGAAGUUCACCAAAAAAGUGCAGGUGGAUCCUUAUUUGGAGGACUCGCUUUGUUCCAUUUGUGGAGUGCAGCAUGGACCAUAUUUCUGUCGCGAGCUGUCCUGUUUUAGAUACUUUUGUCGUGCCUGCUGGCAGUGGCAACAUUCCUCUGACGGCGUCAAGAACCACAAGCCGCUUACGAGAAAUUCAAAGUCUCAAAUGCUUGUAGGCAUCGGGCCGAGCUCUUCCACGGCUUCCUUAUCGUCGUUGAGCUCUACACCCCAGCCACAGCAGCAGCAGCAGCAGCAGCAAUUACAGUCACAAUCACAGCAUACAUCUCAACAACAACAACAACACAUCCAUCAGAAUCACUUUAACGGCGGCAGUUAUAGUUUUGAGCAGAUACAUCAGCAUCAACAGCAUCAACAGCAGCAGCAGCAGCAGCAGCAGCAUGAAAACACUGCACAUUUGCAACGAUUGAAUCAGUUGCAGCAGCAGCAACAGCAACACCACACAUCACCGCAACCAAUGUUUCAACUUAAUCAACAUCAACACCAAACACUUGCACAACAACAAAACCAACAACAAUCUAUAUUUUAAACAUAGCCUUUAUUAGUAUUAGGGACGAAAAGAAAAUUCGUUUGAAUUGUUACGUUGCUAGAUGCACUAGUUUAUCUCGCAUAUACAUACGAGUAUAAAUACAUGUACAUACAUAUAUUAUAGGAUUAGUAACCAAUUGAAUUGUGUAUAAAUUAUUAACUCUUUCGAAUUUUGCGCAUACUUUUUUUUGUUGUUAAAUACUGCCAUUUUCGUUAUCCCUAUUUGUAAGUACAUAUUAAAGUCUUUUUUAUGUAAAUAUUGCAUACAUUUAGGCGAUUUGCUGUUUUUAGCAAACGCUUACCCGCAUUGAGGCACUUCUUUGAGUUUGAAUAGCAAAUUUAAUCAUUGCUUUUACAUUUGUGCAAAAGCAAAAACGAGCGAAAACGAGCUGCCAAUCGUUGCAUUGUACAUAUAUACAAGCACACGGACAUAAUACGCAUAAAUGCACACACACGUAACAUAUCAGCAAAUUAUA